AUGAAGACACUCGUCUUCGUAUUACUUCUCUCAAGCCUUUCCGGCUCUUCUUCAAUACCACUCGCCGACCGAUCCUCCAAUGAAUACUACUCGAUGACCAAAAGUGCACCGUUUAAGAAUUUUUUCUAUCGAGAGUAUAAUACAGCAACUGAACAAAUCAAAACGCCAAACUUCCAGGAAAACAGCGAAUAUGUUUAUAGCUACAAUGCUCAAGUAGAAAAUGGAAUGUUAAGUUCAGUCGAUUCAUCCGGAACAAAGGAAGAAAGUCAACAACAAGCAAUUACUCGAAUCCAAUCACAAAUUCGAAUGUAUUUUUCAAGCGAAAGGCGUGGACAACUUUGUAUGACUCAAUUAAAGUUUGGUCAAUUUAACGAUCAGAGACAAAUGAAGGAAAAACAAUGUUAUGACCCUAUGGGAAUGUUUGAACCUUUGCAAAUUCCCCAAGAAACGCGUCACAAACUCGAACUUUGCUGUCAAUUCGACUACGUCGAUGGAAUGGUUACUCGAAUCCAAUUCGAGAAACAAGACGUCUCUUGGUCUAAAAACAUUAAAAGAGGAGUACUUAACAUGCUUCAAAUGAAUUUACGCCAUAAUGAAGAGGCACAAAAUGCCAUGGGUGAAAAUAAAAAUGUGGAUAGAUUAGCUCAGAGCUUUACCGUUCCUGAAACAACCGUUGAAGGGGAAUGCCAAACUAUCUAUACAAUUAAUAAAGAAUCAAAGCAAUGUCAAGAGAGUCAACAACCCUGCUCUUUCAACGUUACAAAGUCGAUAAAUUUCAAAAAAUGUUCAAAAAUUGUUGAUUCAACUAACGGAUUCCAAACAGAACAACCUCAGCUUAAGUGCAGUCAAUGCCCUAUGAAUGAGGAUGUAAAAGUAAAUGAGGAGCAUGAGGGAACAGCGGAGAAUCAAUGCGCAGAUUGCGACCCUAGAGAGAUGACUGAGCAGAUGUUGGAUCGUCAAACAGUCAUCCGCGCAGUGCUAAAAUGUGGAACAGAACAAAAACAAAAUACUUGCCCAAAUUGUUGCCAAUUAGAUAAUUCAGAAAUGACUUCAAACUAUAUUUAUAAAAAUACAAAAAUUGAGAGUGAAGGACUUUAUGGCUCUGCAUUGAAGACAAAGACAUGCGCAAAACUUGUUUUAGAAACAGUACAAAAUAUAGAAAAACCAGCCCCUCUCGCUGCUACAGCAGAAUCAGAUGAAGCAUUGCUCUACUCGAAUGAAUGGGGAAUGGAUCUUCGACGUUUCUAUAUGUUCGGAGACGAAGCCUUCCCAGAUGUCAACAGUUUGCCAUACAAAAUGCCAAAAGUUGAAGAAGCCACCCAAGCACUCCGGUCUAUCGUACAGAGCACAACGGAUCACCAUCACGGCAUCAAAACUAAACAUACCGUCUGAACUAGGUUCAGUUCACUAUCAAUCGGUUCAGCCUUG